AUGGACCACAACGCUGACGAUGCAGGAGAGACCCAGUGGAGCCGUGGCUCUGAGGAGGCCGGCAGGGAUGGAGCCCUCAGCCAAGGGCAUGGACAGUUCUUCCUGGGGAACAGCGCACUGGGCACGGAUGCAGGUGAGGACACAAGGCGAGAAACUGCCGGAGCCAGUGUGGGCCCGGCCUCAGUUUCCCCAUUGGCUCGGGGGACCAGAGCCGCAGGCGGGCGCCGCGUUCCGCCGCAACACGCGCCACCACUCAGAGCGGGUGGACACUGCCCCCUGGCGGCCGCGCGCGCCACGGCAGCCAGCAGCCCGUCAAGCGGCCAGCGCUUCGCGGUCCGGAAGCCCCACGUCGCCAGGGCACUUGCCCGGGCGACGCGGUCCGCGGGCUUGGGUCUCCACCCCGGUCACCACUCGCUACGUAGCCUCCGCUGGCCCCCUGCCACUCUGGGUCUCAGUCUCCGUCGUGAAAUAGCCACAUUCCCCCUACCCACGGCUGCGGCCGCCCAGCUUCUGCGGGAUGCCGGGAUCCUGCCAAGCGCCCGCAUGCCCGGCCCCCGCCCUCGUGGGGCGGGGCUCGGGCUUCCCGCUACCCCGGUCAGCCAAUCAAAGCUCCCGGGUGUAGCGGAUUGCCCGUCGGGGAGGGGCGGGAGGUACCAGGGUGGGCUGCGCCUGUAUUCCGGUUCCGCUCGCCUCCCCCUCCCGCGGAGCGAGUCCAGAGGGUCGUCCGACAGCCGCAGGGCGCCAGGUAGGGAGGGCAGGUCUCCGAGCCGAAGAGUCCGAGAGGUGCUUCAGUUUCCUUAUCUUCGAAGAGGGGACGGUCGCCGCCUCCCGGACCCGAACAGUUCUUCUGCUUUGUGUGGUGUCAGCUGAGAUCAUUUCUACAACUUCAAUUAGCUGGAGGCUCAACUGAAACAUCCAAGUGGCUGCACCCCCACGGCUGCAGUUGGUAUCUGUCAGCUGGGAGCUCGGGGCUGCCAGCAUGAUCUGUCAUCCCAGAUACUUUGGUUCCCCUCUACCUGGCCUCCCCACGUGGCUAACUUGGGCUUCCUCACAGCAUGGCAGCUGGGUUCUGUGGCUGACAAACUCCAAUAUGCAAGAUCUUAUCAAACCUCUACUCCCAUCGCACUUGCUGAUAUUUCAUUGUCCAGAACAAGAGACAUGGCCAAGUCCAGUGUCAGUGUGGAAUGAGACUUUGGGUGUGACUACCAAGAAACAUGGUUCACUGGAGGCAACCAGUGUUAGAGCUUACCAUGGCAGGAAAGGAACAAAAACAGGAGACGAGAAAUCUCCAGGGGCCAGAAUAAGCACGGGUGGCUCCUGAAGGAGGAAGGGCUUGGAAAAGAAGGUCUGGGAGCUCUGUUCUUCCCACUCCCAUCCUGGUGCCCUCGAAGGCUGGGGGAUAACCAACCAUUAAGUAAAGAUAUAAAUUGGAAAAGUGUCUGAUUGGAUAUAAGUGUUCUGUUAAUGAAAAAAGGGUGGUGAUGUGAUGCUAAUCACCAGGGAAAUGCAAAUUAAAACCACAGUGAGAUAUCACCUCACUCUAGUCAGGAUGGCCAACGUAGAA